UGAGCAUCUGUCAAUGAGUGACGGCACCUCCUGCUCCUGCCCCAUGGAAACCAUGGUGCCAGGACGGAUGCCCAGGGUUGGAAUCCUGCUGCUGUCCCUUCUCCUCUGCUUCGGGCCAGAGACCACCAGGAGCAUCAACCCGGAUGCACUCAAAGUGAUUGUGAAUUAUGUUGAUAGCUUUCGCCCUGACAGUAAUAACCAAUACGCAGCCGCAGUGAGCCUGCCUCAGGCAGCGUGUAAUCUCCUCGAGGAGCAGCAGCUGAGGGAGUACCUGAGUGAGGAGGAGCUGAAAGAGAUGAAGGCAAAACUCAACAGCAAGGAGCUGUUUGAGGGCCAGAACAUUGUGGCUGCCCGGCCCAAAUUCCAGAAAAAGAAGCCCACCCUGCACUCUGAGUUCCUGCUGCUCAGCCCAGACCAGAAUGGCAUCAGCCCCAUCUCCCGCCUCUUGGACAAGACCAGGGACCAGAGGACUUGCCCAGAAACCCAUGUCCCAGGCAAGGAAUGCGGCAACAACUGCUACCAGAAGUGGUCCCCGGACCAACCUUGUGGUUGGAACAGCUGCCUCAUCUUCUUCACCAAGUAUUCGCCGUGCCUGGGCACCUGCCUUAACAGCUCAAACUGCUUAUACAUCCGGGACCUCAUGGAUGGGGUCUUUGGUGCCAUCAAUAACAACUUCCGGGCGUUGGCCUUCCGGCAGGUCUACCCACAAGACAUGGCCCAGAAGCAGAAGGCAUUGUGGGAAGCCUGGCAAACCAUCCAAAACGCCCCAAUGUACAUGUGUGAUAACAACGGCUGUGCCAGCUGUGAGGAGAAGAUCCUCAGCCAAAACCCCUGCCUCAAGGGGGUGCCAGAGAUGAGGGCCAUGCCACAGAGAGCCCACGAGUGAUGGGAUCCCAGUGGGGAUGAAUUGGCUGGCUGGGAUACAACCAGUUAACACACCAGUCAAUUCAUCUCCCUAACACGCCCCUCUGUCUCUCUGUCACAUCCCCUAUCUAGCCAUCUCCAUAGAUACCGGGGGGGUGGCAAUUCCUCCCCAUUGCUCUCAUUUCUAGGGUGCCCACCACCCUGCUACAGCAGUCCUGGAUUUGCCCGGCAAUCUUUCUCGCUCUAUGUGGUGCCGCAGCUAUAUCGGUGUCAUGUGGGUGCAAUUCUAGCAUGGAGCUCUUAGUCCAAACAAGGGUGGCACAGAUGAGAUGUGUCAGUGGAUGGGGCAGAUGGGGAGCAUGAUAGUGUUGGUGUCACUCUGGCAUAAUCCUAGGUAACUCGGAAAGGGGGUAGACCACAAGUGUCAAUGAAGCCCUCCUGUUGUAGGCCUCAAUGAACCAAUGUUCCUCCAUGUUCAACACUUUGUGUAACCUAGUGUAACCGAAUGUACUAAUAGUUGCAAAAAUGUAAUGUUAGCAGUUAGCUUUUGGUUGUAACAGCCAGUUCUCUGCUGUAAUACAUUGAAGCUAGGCUAAAGCAAGUUUCAAGGCCACUUUUAGAUACAGCAUACAUGUCUCUGCAGUAGAAAGGGG